CGAGCUUUUGGGGAGAGAAAACAUGACGUCGCCGGCCAAAUUCAAAAAGGAUAAGGAGAUCAUAGCGGAAUACGACACGCAAGUUAAAGAGAUCCGCGCCCAACUGGUAGAGCAGCUGAAAUGCCUCGACCAGCAGUGUGAGCUCCGGGUGCAGCUACUGCAGGACCUGCAGGAUUUCUUCCGCAAGAAGGCCGAGAUCGAGAUGGAUUACUCGAGGAAUUUGGAGAAGCUGGCCGAGAGAUUCCUCGCCAAAACUAGGAGCACCAAGGACCAGCAAUUCAAGAAGGAUCAGAACGUGCUCUCACCAGUCAACUGCUGGAAUCUCCUGCUAAACCAAGUGAAGCGGGAGAGCAGGGAUCACACCACGCUCAGCGAUAUCUAUCUCAACAACAUCAUCCCGCGCUUUGUCCAGGUCAGCGAAGACUCGGGGCGCCUGUUCAAGAAGAGUAAGGAAGUGGGACUGCAGCUCCAGGAGGACUUGAUGAAGGUCCUGAACGAGCUCUACACGGUUAUGAAAACCUACCAUAUGUACAACGCAGACAGCAUCAGCGCCCAGAGCAAGCUGAAAGAGGCAGAGAAGCAGGAGGAAAAGCAGAUUGGGAAGUCGGUGAAACAAGAGGACAAGCAGACCCCACGCUCCCCCGACUCCACGGCCAACGUCAAGUUUGAAGAAAAACACGUUCGACGAAGCUCCGUCAAGAAAAUAGAGAAAAUGAAGGAGAAGCGCCAAGCUAAGUACACAGAGAAUAGACUGAAGGCAAUUAAGGCAAGAAACGAAUAUCUGCUGGCUCUGGAAGCCACCAACGCAUCUGUAUUCAAGUAUUACAUUCAUGACCUGUCUGAUCUCAUUGAUCAGUGCUGUGACCUGGGAUACCACGCUAGCCUCAACAGAGCACUCAGGACGUUCUUGUCAGCUGAGCUGAACCUGGAACAGUCGAAGCACGAGGGUCUGGAUGCCAUUGAGAAUGCCGUGGAGAACCUGGACGCCAACAGCGAUAAGCAGCGGCUCAUGGAGAUGUACAACAACGUCUUCUGCCCGCCCAUGAAGUUCGAGUUUCAGCCCCAUAUGGGUGACAUGGAGUCGCAGCUAUGUGCCCAGCAACCAGUCCAGAGUGAACUAGUGCAGAGGUGCCAGCAGCUGCAGUCCAGGUUGUCUACGCUGAAGAUAGAGAAUGAGGAGGUGAAGAAGACUAUGGAAGCCACGCUGCAGACGAUCCAGGAUAUCGUCACGAUAGAGGACUUCGAUGUCUCCGACUGUUUCCAGUACAGCAACUCGAUGGAGUCCGUUAAAUCCACCGUCUCCGAAACGUUCAUGAGCAAACCGAGCAUCGCCAAGAGACGGGCCAACCAGCAGGAGACAGAGCAGUUCUACUUCACGAAAAUGAAAGAGUACCUGGAAGGCAGGAACCUGAUAACGAAGCUCCAAGCCAAGCACGACCUGCUGCAGAAGACCUUGGGAGAAAGUCAAAGGACGGACUGCUCCCUUGCCAGUGGCAGGCGCAGCUCCACUAUAAGGAAGCAGGACUCCAGCCAAGCCAUUCCCCUGGUAGUGGAGAGCUGCAUACGAUUCAUUAGCAGACACGGGCUGCAGCAUGAAGGAAUAUUCAGAGUGUCUGGGUCACAAGUUGAAGUGAACGAUAUAAAAAAUGCAUUUGAGAGAGGGGAGGAUCCAUUGGCUGGGGACCAGAAUGACCACGACAUGGAUUCAAUAGCAGGUGUCUUGAAGCUCUAUUUUCGAGGACUGGAGCACCCCCUCUUCCCCAAGGAUAUCUUUCAUGAUCUGAUUGCCUGUGUCACGAUGGAUAACUUGCAAGAGAGAGCGCUGCACAUCCGGAAGGUCCUUCUGAACUUGCCCAAGACCACUCUGAUUGUAAUGAGAUACCUCUUUGCAUUCCUCAAUCAUUUAUCUCAGUUCAGUGAAGAGAAUAUGAUGGAUCCCUACAAUCUCGCCAUCUGCUUCGGGCCAACGUUGAUGUCUGUGCCUGAAGGUCACGAUCAAGUCUCUUGCCAGGCUCAUGUCAAUGAGUUGAUCAAAACCAUCAUCAUCCAACAUGAGAACAUCUUCCCGGGACCAAGGGAGCUGGAGGGUCCGGUCUAUAGCAGAGGUGGAAGCACUGAGGAUUACUGUGAAAGUCCCCAUGGGGAGAGGGCCUCCACGGAAGACUCGGUGCAGGAUGUCACAGCUGAGCACCACACCAGCGACGACGAGUGCGAGCCCAUAGAAGCGAUAGCCAAGUUCGACUACAUCGGCAGGACUGCCCGGGAGCUCUCCUUCAAGAAAGGAGCUUCCCUGCUGCUCUACCAGCGAGCCUCCGACGACUGGUGGGAGGGACGGCACAACGGGAUCGACGGCCUCAUUCCCCAUCAGUACAUCGUCGUCCAAGACACUGAGGAUGGUAUCUCUGAAAGAUCCAGCCCGAAGUCUGAAAUAGAAAUAAAUUCUGAGCCACCGGAAGAAAAAGUGACAGCCAGAGCUGGUGCCAGUUGCCCAAGUGGGGGUCACGUCGCAGACAUUUACCUUGCAAACAUCAACAAGCAGAGAAAGAAACCAGAGUCAGGCAGCAUCAGAAGAGCCUUUCGUCAAAGUGACAGCCAUGGGCUAGGUAGUUCACUGGCAGAACCAGCCUCCCCAGGAGCCAUAGCGGGUUCCAGACCCUCAUCUCAGCCCAUUUUGAGCCAAAGUCUUCCCAAGGAGGUUCCAGAUAAAUGUUCCAUCAGUGGCCACGGCAGCCUCAAUUCCAUCAGCCGACAUUCGUCGCUGAAGAACAGGAUAGAGAGCCCGCAGAUCCGGAAAACUGUGACGGCAGGGAGGUCCAAGAGCUUCAACAACCACCGGCCCAUGGACCCUGAAGUUAUUGCACAGGACAUUGAAGCGACCAUGAACUCUGCUCUGAACGAGCUGCGGGAGCUGGAGCGGCAGAGCAGCGUGAAGCACACGCCGGACGUCGUCCUCGACACCCUGGAGCCCCUGAAAACCUCCCCGGUGGUGGCUCCCACCUCGGAGCCCUCCAGCCCCCUGCACGCUCAGAUCCUCAAGGACACUGAACCCCCCUUCCAGCGCAGCGCCAGCACGGCCGGCGACAUCCCCUGCACCUUCAGGCCAGUGAAGUCGGUCAAAAUGGCCACGCAGGUCAAACCUCCAGCGACGAGGCCCAAGCCUACAGUGUUCCCCAAAACCAACGCCACGAGCCCGGGCGUCGCGUCCUCAGCGUCUCCGCAGCCUGCGGACAAGUCCUGUACUGUCUGAUGAACUUGGUGCUGCGCUGGGGAUGUAACUGUGCUGUUUCAGGUGAAGAGACUGUGCUGAGGAGUCAUUUAAAAACCCUAUUUAACUCAUUUUUGAACUUCUGCUGAAGGUCAGUUGUGGACUGCUACUUCCUGCUGGGAAUGCUUCCUGGGAGUGAAAUGUUGGAAACUAAGCCUCGUGCCACGUACCCGCAUCCGUGAUGUUCUAAGGCAAAACAGGACAUGCCACGCUUAGGAAGUCCGAUAUCGGGUCACUGUGAAGCUGAGGAGGAAAACACAAAGUGAUGAGUUAGAUCUUGGUUUCUAGUUAAUGCCUUGUUCAAGUGUUUGGCCACUGAAAAAUGUUUAGUGGCGUCAUGUUUUGAGUACUGGUGUAGUAACUUAUAUAUUCUGUGUUUCAUUUAUCACAGGGAAACAAUAGAAUAGAUUUUAGUCUACUGCAUGUUUGGUGCCACUAGCUAGGUGGAGCUUGGACAUGCCUGUUUCUUGUGCAUUAUUUCGUUGCCCACUGGUGCCACUGUGGUUAAGGGUCUGUCUCAAUUCCAUUACAUCCCCUGCUUUUGGAUUUUGCUCCCCGAAUCCUUGCCCAAGGGCCAAAGCUCUUAGCCUCCUCCUCUAGUCGACACUUGUCACGACGAAUAGUUUACUCUGGAACACUUAGAUUUUAUGGAGUUUACGUAAUAUGUGUCUGUGCAAAUACAAACAAAUAUGCUCCUGGGGGUUAGGAGCAUAAGAAAGAGCCCGGUUGUUGCUUAUGGACAAUCUAGUUGUCUUCUCCUCUUCUGCUCUCCCGUUUGAAAGCAGCCUUGUUGUUUUUCAGUGUAAUUUUCAGCCC